CACUGAUAAUUUUUUCUGCUCUUGAUGUUGUUUAACUUUCUUUGGGUUGAUUGUUAAUUAUUUUAAUUUGUUUCUAUUUUUAUGGCGGUGACAAUUCACACCGAUUUGGGUGAUUUAAAGAUCGAACUGUUCUGUGACCUUUGCCCGAAAACAUGUGAGAAUUUUUUGGCCCUUUGUGCUUCUGAUUAUUACAAUAAUUGUCUUUUCCAUAGAAAUAUCAAAGGUUUCAUGGUUCAAACUGGUGACCCAACGAAUUCUGGUAAAGGAGGAACAUCUAUUUGGGGAGGAAAAUUUGAAGAUGAAUUAGUUGAUUCACUUACUCAUAAUGUUCGUGGAAUCGUUUCCAUGGCCAAUAGUGGACCGAAUUCAAAUGCAUCUCAAUUCUUUAUCACUUAUGAUAAACAAUCACAUCUCGAUAUGAAGUACACAAUAUUUGGAAAAGUAAUUGAUGGAUUUGAUACUUUAGAUGCAUUGGAAAAGAUUCCUGUUAAUAAUACGAAAAAAUAUCGACCCACAAUCGAGAUCAAGAUUAAAAGUGUCACAAUUCAUGCAAAUCCAUUAGCAGGUUAACAAUAACAAUUUUCCAUAUGAACAAAGUACAAAUCAAACUAAUUAAACAUCCAUAUCGUUCACAUGCAAAUAUCGGACAAUCAAAUUGAACAAUCAAACAGUUUCUUCAAUUAAUCUAUUCGCACAUUCAAAUUGAAAUGAACAAAGGUCCAAUGAUCAGCUGUAACUUUUUCCUCUUCUCAAUCAUCAAUAUAAACAAGUUCUUAAUCGUUAA